CAUCCUGGAGAGGUGGCGUCUCGUCACCGUCACCCAGUGUCACUGUCCUUAUAUGGCUUGCUAAGUCUCUCUGAAGCCAUUUCCUUAUGGCUUCCCUUCUGUGCGCCUUUCUUAGCUAACCCGUCUGCAGAGGAUUUGAGCUACACCUACGGAGAUUUCAAAAGGGGGGCCUCGUCCACUUACGUGACGUAUCUCAUCACCACGGACGAACAGACGCGGUCACAGGGCCUGUCGGAAGUCCUGAAAUACGAAAUCGCCGUGGGGAAUGAGUCCAACACCCACGGCUACUACAACGGGAAGCUGGAGCCCCUGGGCUCCUAUCGGGCUUGUGUGGCCGGCUUCACCAAUAUCACCUUCAGCCCCGAGAGUGGACUCAUAGACGGGAACGGGAGCUACGUGUCCUUCAGCCGCUACUCAGAGGCCGUGUCCUUGCCCCAGGACCCAGGUAGAGGAAGAACAUCAGUGCUGCUAGCAGUCCUGUGGGUGCGGCUGCCGGUGUCCACAGAAGGCUGGGUGUCCCAUGGGCUCCAGGAGGGUUGGAGUGCCUGGUUUCUCUUCUCAGAAGUUGAGGUGUCGCUUGGCCAUGAGGUCCCCACAGCCCCUGCCCCCUUCUCUGAAUGCCAGCUGCAGUUCAGUCUGCAGUUGGGUGUGUGCCCACGUGCCAGACACACAGGGUGACUCAGUGCCUAGAACCCUCAAAGGAGCCACAAGGAUCGUCUUGUCCAAUUCAUUUGAGAAAUGAGGGCGUUAAGGCCCAGAGAGGGGCAGGGACUCCCUGUGGCUUAGGGGCAGCCCUGACAUUUGGUCUGACUCCUCGUCAGGCGCUCCUGCCCUUGAUCACACAGAGCGCGGUGAUUUAGGGGCGUCAGGGACCCAAGCAGGAAUCGCCCCCUCCCUCCAGGCCAGAGUCAGAGGGACCCACUGGCUGGUGAGUUUGUCUGGUUUUCACACUUGGUAGUUGCUCACUACAGGAAAGAAUUCCUGCCCCAGGAGCGAGGUGCUGGGA